GCGGAGUGAGCAUCCCGGCUGAGACGCGACAGCGUCGGGGAGGCGGAAGGAGGCUCCCGUGGGUCACUCAUUUCCGAGGUCCACGGACUCGCCACGGCCCGCCUCCUCCCGCCGCCUGAGCUUUCGGUUUCUCCCAACAUUCCUGUUCCCCUUCCCCGAAGGAAGCUCCGGCCCGGGGGUGCGGGGGCGCGGAGACGCUGCCUUCCCGGGGAUUCCCCGGGCGCACGCGGGCGCCGCAGCGGCCCCUGGGGACCGGGUGCAGAGUCCGUGUGGGCGUGCGUGGGUGCUCCGCCGCCUCCGGACGGGCGCGGGGAGGAAGCGAAAGUCGCGGAGAAGCCAGCGGACGCCACAGUCCGGAGCGGACGGGGGAGUCACACGGGGCGCCUCGAGAUGACCGGGCGCCGGGCGCUCCUGCUGCUGCUGCUGCUGCUGCAGCUGCUGGCAGCGCUCGCCGUCUCGGUCGGUGCCAACCAGGGCAGCGUCACUGGGAGCUGUCAUUGCGACCAAAGAAUUCCUUCCAGCACCCCGCCGAAGCCAGAGUUAAUGGAACACUUCCGAAAACAGCUCAGGGCCUACCACCGCUGUCCAGCCUACAUCAGGUUCCGGCUGCACUCGCGGAGCGUGUGCGGUGGCAGCCGCGACCCGUGGGUGCACGAACUGCUGAGAUGCUUCGACGGCGGAGAAUGUGGACACGCUCACAGGGAGAGUCUGGCCCACCGGAAGCCUCUACCUUCCCGCAGCACUGAGAUUCCCAAGUCCACAGAGGAGGCAUCCGCACACCUGCCCUCCACUGCCCAGACCCACCUGCCAACCACCCUGCCACCUGGAGCGCACGGCAACGAAACCACCACUGCCCCUCUGAGCCAGAGUCCAGAGGUCGGGCCUGAGGCUGGGCAGAACCAGAAGCAGCUAAAAGAAAUUGUAGGACCUGCAGCCGGAACAUCGGCCACGGUGCCAGUGCUGACCCUUCUGGCCAUCACCUUCCUCCUCACUGGAGUCCUCGCGUAUGUGCUGUGCAAGCGGAGGAGGGAGCGGUCCCUGAAGUGCUCUCCAGAUUUGCGGCUUUAUUAUACACGUGUGGCAUGAUAAUCCAGCGUCUGAGCAGAGAGGGGAGAGAUUUGGUUUUCUUUCCAGCUAACGGCUUAUGAAAGGCAGAAGACGGCCCAAGUGAUUGGACACCUGCCGGCCUGUAAAAUCAGAAUCAAAAUGGAGACCUCUGCUUCUGUACAUAUUAGCUGUGCUCGCUAAAGGCUAAGGGUGUAUCUUGUUUAACUAUGUGGCCCCAAAUUCCCAGGAACUAGGUUGAUCGAAAUGUGUCCUUCCCUGUUAUCUUACAACUGUAUCUUGGAUCUGUUGAAGUAACACCUUGACAGUAGGGACUCCACUUUGGAGAACCUGAGACUCCAUUCUGGGAAAGAACCCCCUCCCCGUGAGACUCUGGUCUAAAACUAUGAUCUAAAACAGUUGAGGCCGGCGCCGUGGCUUAACAGGCUAAUCCUCCACCUUGCGGCGCCGGCACACCGGGUUCUAGUCCCGGUUGGGGCGCCGGACUCUAUCCCGGUUGCCCCUCUUCCAGGCCAGCUCUCUGCUAUGGCCCGGGAGUGCAGUGGGGAUAGCCCAAGUGCUUGGGCCCUGCACCCGCAUGGGAGACCAGGAGAAGCACCUGGCUCCUGGCUUCAGAUCAGCAAGAUGCGCCGUCCGCAGCGGCCAUUGGAGGGUGAACCAACGGCAAAAAGGAAGACCUUCCUCUCUGUCUCUCUCUCUCACUAUCCACUCUGCCUGUCAAAAAAAAAAAAAAAAAAAAAACAAAACAAAA